UUUAGAUAGAUAGCCUGUCUUGUCCCAUGUGGAAGUUUGUUUUCACAGUCUGUCAACAUGUAGCCUAACAUGUAACAUAUAACAUACAGUGCACAAACACAGUAAAACACCUAAGCAGAAGAACAUUCAUAUUGACACAUACAUGAGGAUUACCACAAGGUUACAAAUUAUUAUUUUAAGUCUAUAAUAAAUACAGGGAGUUCACAGAGUCAGCCUCUCCUGAUGUUUUUUUCUGGAGGGUACUAGGCUGUCAUGCAUUAUAUGAUAAAUUAUUCUCACUUUUUAAUCUGUGACAGAUGGAAAAGGAUCGCCCAUCCACACCCCAUGUUGUCAGCACCCAGGGGUCAUGUCCUGUCCUGGAUGGACCAUCUCUUCCCUCCCACUCACAGAUUUCUUCCUCAGCCAUCACCAGUAACGUCUCCACCACUGUUUCUACUCAGCCCGCCAAACCUUCUGCCUCUCCAUUCUCUAAUUCAUCUCCACAAUCAGCUGGUGCCAUGUCUCAACCGAUGGACCACCCCACAGCUUCAUCCCCUUCCCCAUCUAAAACUGCAUCAUCUAAGCCGUCAUCUCCAACUCCAAGCAAACAACCACUUGAUACUCUCACUCCUGCUUCUCAAACCUCCACACCAUCACCUCUUUCCAAAAUCAAUUCCACUUCAGGCAAAUUAGUAAAAACAGACUCAAUGGAUUCCUCCGGUUCUUCAAAACCUCCUGGUAAACGCACGUUUGCUGCUAUGGCCAAGAAAGUUAUAAUGCAGGAAAGACUUAGAAAAGCUGAGGAGGAUGCCAACGAGGAGGAGGAUGGUGAAGAACCAGAAGAAGAUUUAACUGUGGAGCAGAUAGAGGAAAAGGCCAAAGCUGGAGAUGCCAGAGCUCAGACCCGGCUCGCUCAACAUUACUUACUUCUUGCUGAAGAGAAGGAGCCAGAGGUUAAUAACCAUCUGGCUGUUAGCUGGCUAAUCAAAGCUGCAAAACAAGGAAGAAAAGGUGCCGCCAAAUUACUUCAACGCUGCUGGAUUCAGAAAAAAGGAAUCACUCCAGAAAAUGAGGCCGAUGUGCGUAAGUUGUCGACUGAGAGUAAGUUUGAGCGGGCGGUGCGUAAAGCAGCUAUGAUGAUGUACUGGAAGCUCAACCCGGAGAGAAAGGAGACAGUUGCUGUGGCUGAGAUGCUUGAAAAUGUCAGCCAGGUUAACACACCAGCGGGUGGCACUGCAGGCAAGAUUCCUGCCCCAACUUCAGGCCAGACCCAGAGAGUGUUAGAAAGCCUGGUCAGCAAUGAGUCCAAACAGAUGGUGGACCUGGAUGACUUUGUUGAGAUGACUAAAAAUUAUGCACAAGGUAUUGUCCCUCCUACAAUCAAAAAAGGCAGCCAGGAUGCAGAUAAGACUAAAAGCCCUGGACUUCAUGACAGAAGUGAUGAGCAUAAGAUUGAAACAGUGUCAUCAGGAAGCAAAAAGCAUCUCAGAAGUUCCUGGAGUUUUGCGCGAAGUGGAAGUAUCCUGGACACUGACCAGACCGGUGCCAUAAAAAGGGCCAUGGAUGUGAAAUCACGCCUAAUGAUGCUGCAGUACCCACUGCAUGCCAUCGUGGAAAUGAAAGAACACCUUGUCGACUGGGCGUCGCGGGCUGGUGUCCAAUGGCUUAGUACCAUCAUCCCCACGCAGCACGUCAAUGCACUCAUUUUCUUUUUCAUCAUCAGCAACCUGACAGUUGACUUGUUUGCUUUCGUCAUCCCUCUGCUUGUCUUCUACCUCUCCUUCAUCUCCAUGAUCAUAUGCACUCUGCGUGUUUUCAAGAGUAGCAAAACGUGGGAGAACUUCAGUGCCCUGACAUCUCUGCUGACCCAUUUUGAACCUGGACUGGACGUGGAACAGGCAGAGACCAACUUCGGCUGGAACAACCUUGAACAAUACGUCUAUUUUAUCAUUUCUGUCUUCUUUGUCAUUUUCUCCUUCCCCGUAGCUGAUAAACACUGGAUCCCCUGCUCUGAGCUCUCCACAGUGGCCAUUUUCUUCACUGUGAUCAGCUACCAUAGCCUCAGCCCUUCUGCAGCGAUUUAUGCACGCCGAGCCAUGGUCAUAGAGGUAGCAUCAUCAUUGUGUAGCCUGACCCAGUUUCUACCAGAGAACAUGAUAACACUUCGAUUACUGGGACACACUUUCGCUGCACUGCCGCUAGGAGAAUCUGUGGUGCUGAAGCUCAGUCUGCCGUGUCUGCUCUAUGUUUAUCUGUUCUAUCUGUUCUUCAGUAUGGCACGGAUGCGUGGAUUCAGUGGCACUUACUGCUUCCUGGUUCCAUACCUUGUGUGUUUCAUGUGGUGUGAGUUCUCUGUGGUCCUACUCCAGAAUUCCUCUGCUGUCGGCCUAAUCCGCACCGGUGUUGCCUAUUUCCUCUUCCUGUUUGCCCUUCCGGUCCUGGCUUUUGGCCUUGCUAUCAUGCUCUUCAUACAGGUCUUUAAGUGGUUCCUUGAACUGGAACUGACCAAGGUGAUUGUGACUCUUGUAGUAUGUGCGAUCCCUGUCACUUUGCGCCUCUGGACACGGUUCAGCAUGUCUAUCCUGGACGUCUUCCGCUCACUGACGCAUCGCGGUCCUGUUAAACUUAUCUUACUCUGUAUUUCCAUGGUGAUCCUGUUCUUUGCGAUUUAUCUGUAUCAUGCUGAAGGGCAGAAGGUUUACAACUCCACCAUGACUUGGAACCAGUACAGCCAGGCAUGUGGACCCCCUGCAUGGCAAACUAAAGGCAUGGCACAGACACAGAUCUUUUGUAGCCACCUGCAUGGACACAGAGUAACCUGGGCUGGCCACUUCAGGCAUGUCCGCGUCGCAGAGACAGAGAACGGGGCGCAAUCUGUUAUCAAUAUGUUACCAGUUUUCAUGGGAGACUGGCUUCGCUGUCUUUAUGGAGAAACUUAUCCCAAAUGUGAACUAAAGAAUGUUACAAUUGCAAAUCUGACAGCUGCAAGCUUGGCAGCCAGUCCUGUAUCAGAUCCUGUCGCUGUGCCAUUACUGCUCCGGAUGCAAGAAGAGGAAGAGUUGUGUCAGAUUAAGGCUCUGGCCAAACACACAUGCCACGUCAAACGCUUUGACAGCUACCGCUUUGAAGUAACAGUGGGGAUGAUCAAGGAGGGGAGUGCAGAGGCAGAGGACCCAGCCAGGGAUAUAGUCCUGAUGGCAAGUAAUGAGUUCAGGCAAGUUCUGCUCAAUUUGCAGCCUGGUAAUUUAGUGGAGUUCAGCACCAAACUGGAGGGUCGUUUAGGGGCUAAAGCUCCAUCCUUUGAGUUGAAGGCCAUCCACUGUUUGGACUGUGUUUCUUCACUGUUGACUGGAGGAAGGCAGGUGAAGAUAGAGAGAGACUGGAGACGCACCACAAUGAGAGCUCUGAAGUUUGCAUUUGAUUUUUUCUUUUCACCUUUUUUGUCAGCAAACAUCACAACUUGAGUAAAACAAAACAAACAAGUAAAAUGCUUAAUGCAACAGCACAAGAAAUGUGCCCCCGAUAAAGCAAGAUUUCAGAGGUUACCAUAAAUCUGCAAUUUACAGUAACCUGAUUUUAGCAAUAUACCUUAUAAUGUAUUGCCAUACUUUUGUUUACAGUUUAAUCUUACAUAGGUAUAAAAUUAUUAAUGGUAUACUCUAUAUCUGUCAUGUAAUAUAUCAUAUAAAAGCAGAUAUUGCAAACAGCUCAUGUUAUGUUAAAAAAAAAAAAAGCACUUAAGAUUUUCAUAACAUUCAUAUUAUUGUCUAAAUUUAUACUUUUUUUUUUUUUUUUUUUUAAAUCCAGUCUAUGCAACUUUAAGGCUCAUAAAUGGCUCAAAUCAGGAGAAUGCAGAAUGUCAGCCAUUCAUGAUAGGAUCAGUGUAAUACUGAGCAAUUUUGAUGCUGCUUUUAUAUUAAUAUAUGACGUAUUAUUUUUCUAUCUGUACGUUUGCAUGUGUUUGUAAAUUUUGUGCUUUUCAUAAGCGUAUUUCUACAAUUUGUACAAUUGACCUUUUAUAGCUCUCCUGUUACAUAGAUUGUGUGGCAGAAAAUGUAUUUUGGCCCUGUGAGCAAAGUAUUUCUUUGCGCUCUUAACACUUUCUGGUCUUAAUCUUAUUUUUAUUUGAUGAUCAGAUUUUCCUGUGCUUUACAGUACAAUGCACAUAAAAUUGAAAGCCUUGCUGAUGAUAUAUGGAGCUGUGCAUGGAGCUACAGCCUCAUUAUUUGUUACACAAAUAAAUACACACCAAAAAAAUGCCACAUCACAGACGUUAUGCCAGAUGAUGUGUAAUAUUUAUGGUAGACAUUCAGCUGUGUGAGGUUUUUAGAUUUUAAGUAUACCAACAACAAACAUUGCUGUGUUCAUUCCAGAGAAAUAGAGUGCCAGUAGUGGAAAUGUAUUCAGUGGUGUGUUUUGCAUUACAGUGCAGACUGCUGUGACACUGCUGUAAUGUGAAGGCAAUUUAAGUCAUGUCAAAAUAAACGUCACCACUUUGAAUUUUGAAAGAGCGUUUGCACACAGUAAUUAUAACAAUGCAUGAAAAGCCUUACACCAUUCAGAUGUAACUGUCUACUUACCUGUGAAUGACAGUCACUGAAGCUGAGCCUGUAAACUGUGAAUUUGAGUGCCUUUUUUAUGUAGUGAAGUUCAUACAGGUGUGUGAUGGCGAUUAAAGAGCUUCUCUGUGAAACUAAAUACUUUGUGGAUGAUGUUCACAUUCACUUAUUAAAGAUGUUUUUGUGAUGUGUACAAAAUUCAAACAAAAAUAAAUAAAAAAAAGAUCCAACAUGAUAUUCUGUUAGAUUUCAUAUUUUAUUAAUGCACAUUCCUUUCAUUCACCUCUUUUGAGUUAUGUUUUUUUGUAUUGUUAGAUUUGUCUUUUUUUUUUUUUUUUUUUAAGUAUGAUAGAUAUAUACGCUAGUAGCAUUGAGUAAUGGCAACAUGCUGCUGCUGCUGUGCUCCUGAACACAUCUUCUCACAGGUUGUAAUGUAUGUGAUGGUGGCUGUGAGGUUUACAGCAGAUUUGAUCCAAAUCACUGCUCACCGCUGGAUGACUGAGUCCUGAAGCCUGAUGAAAGCUUGCCUGUCAUGUAAUGUAAAUCAUUUUCUUGUUUCUUGUCAUCAUCACAGUGUCUUUGAUUGAUUUGUUGUAUCAGUGAUGAUGCAAGUUGGAUAUUGCUUUAGUGUAAAAUCAAUUAAUAAGCGGAUUUGUGAGUGCAUUCAACACCACCUGUUCACAGCGGGGACUAAAAUAUAGUUGGGGUCAUUAUAAGAAGAUUAACUCUCAGCUCAGAGGCAGCAACAUAAAUGUCUGUGAAUCGUGAAUUUGGAACUCAUCAAGUGAGAUGUGAGGUGAAGCAGACAAGUGGAACAGAGAUGAUCACAAUCUACAUGUUUUCAUGGAUCUGAAAGGAUUUGAUACUUGCACUGAUUCUGUUACUCAACCUGCUGCACAUCCAGAUCAAUUACAAUAAUCCCAUUCGGGCCAAGGUCACUUGAAAGCAAAGCAUUCACUGUAAACAAUCCAAUCUUAAAUCACAUAAUUUAGUCCAUCACAAACAUCACCUUACUGCUGUACAUCUUACACUUUCAGUUUUGCACCCCAGAGUAGCAUGUGGCACUGUGAGGUAUACGGUAUGAGAAUAUUGAAAACCUGUGACAUGAUAAAUUCACAUGGCAUGACUUGACAUUAUUGUUUCAGUGUUAAAGACAUUUUCAGCAAUGUAUGUAACAAGCUAUUGCACUGAUGAAAACCUUUGACUUUCAAACACACUGGGCUCAACCUUAGUCACCAUAUGUUGGAUUAGCUGAAUCAGGGGCCCCAUUCAUGAACAAUGUGCACUGAUCAUUUUCUUGAUUGUAAGAUUAGAAUGUGCUUAUGCAUCAUAAAAUGAACACUGCUCAUUUUAAUUUAGCAUUACACUGAACAUGACUCAGACUACUUCUCCAUUAAUCAGUAAUCAGCCUGAUUUUCAAUGUGUAUGAAAGUGUAUACGCAGUCGCUCUUGAAUGCAAUCAUUUAGCACAUAGGUAUGUAGAUUUUAGACAAGGAAAGGACCUUGAUAUAGCAAUCACAAACCAUAUACAGACCUAGAACACAUGACAAAACAUUACUGUUUGUGCACAACCAAACCCUGCCACUCCACACCCAGCUACACCAAUAUGUGCUGUUCUACGCAAAAAAAAAAAAAUCCAGUUUCACCUUGUAGAGUGCGAUUCCACAACCUUCAAUAAAUCAAAUCUCAGGUUCUUUUACCCUUUUAUCUCUCUGGAACCAAAAUUGGUACCACCUUUU